CUCUGUCUCUGUCUGUCUCUGUCUGUCUCUGUCUGUCUGUGUCUCUGUCUGUCUGUCUGUCUGUCUGUCUGUCUCUGUCUCUGUCUGUCUCUGUCUGUUUGCGUUUAAGACCAGAGACCAUGAUUCCUGUUAAGAGACACACACAUAGACACACACAAUAGAAACUAACACACAGAGCAUGAAUCCGGCAGCAGUGUUUGGUUUCUAUGUGUGUGUCCCCACAGAGCUCCACUUUCCCAUGACAGCACUGCAGGACCAGACUGAGGAGGAGCAGCCAUCCACUGUCAAGAGUCCCUCCAACGGAAACGUGCCAGAUAAAACCAGCCGCUACGAUAUCGGAGAGCUAGCCACUUCCUCUUUAUUCGGUCUGGUAGCCACGAUAAAGGACCAUAUCACCAAGCCGACAGCAAUGGCUCAGGGGCGAGUCGCUCACCUGAUUGAGUGGAAAGGUUUGGGCGGUGGCGGUGAUGCCGGGGGACGUGGAGGCGGCUGGGCAUGUGGAAAAGGAGGAGGAGGCUGGGGGGCUGGGCUGCAGGAAGAUGAACAAUUCUACUCUCAAAUGACGGACGAAAUCAAGGAGGCUCGCUUCGCUGCAGGAGUGGCGGAGCAGUUUGCCCUGGCUGAGGCGGCCAUGCAUGUGUGGUCACUGAACGACAACAUAGAUGAGCCCUCCACCAGCUUACAAGCAACACCGAGCCACUUCUUGUCCCAGUUCCUGCUGGACGGAGGCAGCAUUGGCAUUCCCCAGCACCUAUACAGCAUCCACACCCCCGGUUACGGCAACAGCAUGGCAGCCAACCUGGUCCCAGUGCCACAGGUCGACCCAAUCUCCCCGACAUCAGCCACUCAGAGGGACAAAGAUCCCCCCCCUUUUGCGGACAGAAGCACUGUGACCGCAGUAGCUGGUGUCCGACACGUAGACAGCAGUUCGCUAUCCGAGGACGAUGUCUUUUAUAACUAGCAGGAAAACAAACAGGCAACCUCGCUGGCAAACUCUGAAAUGAUCCUCACUGAGAGAUCUCACCACCACAGUGACGGACAAUGAAAGUAACUAAAGACAUCUGUAAGAUAUAUGCAGAGAAAAUGAAAGAAUUUCUCUCAUCUCUGUGAAUGUGUACAGUUCUAAUGUAACAUUUGAAUUUUCUAUUCAUUGUACAUAUCAUAUGUUGGACUGAACAGUGAAGAGUCAAACAGUACUGGUGUAAAUAUGUAAAAUAUUGUUAUAAAUUAGAAAUUUGAAUACA